AUGAAAAUAGCCAUUGAAGGCUGUUGUCACGGUGAAUUAGAUAAAAUUUAUGAUACUAUUAAAGAAAUUGAAGAAAAACAAAGUAUUCAUAUCGAUUUGUUAUUGAUAUGUGGUGAUUUUCAAGCUGUUCGAAAUACACAGGAUUUACAGUCAAUGGCUGUACCACCAAAGUAUCGUUCAAUGCAAGAUUUCUGGCGUUAUUAUAAUGGUGAAAAGAAAGCACCCGUAUUAACGAUUUUUAUCGGUGGCAAUCAUGAAAGCUCAAAUUUUUUAGUAGAGUUACCUUAUGGUGGUUGGGUAGCUGAAAAUAUUUAUUAUAUGGGUUAUUCGAAUGUUAUUAAUUAUAAUGGUUUACGUCUAUGUGGAAUAUCUGGUAUAUAUAAAUCCAAUGAUUACAAUAUUGGACGAUAUGAAACACCACCAUUUACAGACAGAACUGUACGUUCAAUAUAUCAUGUAAGAAGUUUUGAUAUUUAUCGAUUAAAACAAUUAAAAGAAAAUACUAUUGAUAUUGUGAUAUCACAUGAUUGGCCACGUGGUAUAACAUCGUACGGUAACACAACAAAACUUUUACAAUAUAAAAAACAUUUUUAUAAUGACAUUAAAAACAAUCAGUUGGGUAGUCCACCAUUGGAAGAAAUACUUCUUGAUUUAAAACCAAAUUAUUGGUUUGCUGCCCAUUUACAUGUUAAAUUUAGUGCACUAGUUGAACAUAAUAAUGGAAAUGUGACAAGAUUUUUAUCAUUAGAUAAAUGUUUACCGGGAAGAGAAUUUCUACAGGUAUUAGAUAUUGAGCCGAUAAAUCCCACAAAAAUAAAUUCGAAUCGAUUAACACUAGAUCCAGAAUGGUUAUGCAUAUUGAAAAAAACAGAUAAUUUAUUGAAUGUUCAUCGUACACACACGUAUCUGCCAAAUAAAUCUCAGCAAUCAUCAAUGCCAACUGAAGAAGAUAUUAAAUCAUUGCAUGAAGAUUUUGGAGAUCAAUUUGAAGUGCCUGACAUGUUUCAAAUUACAGCUCCAACAUAUACAUCAGAAAAAUCAUCAUCUACAUCGAUAAAUCAACAACAAAAAAUAAAUCCUCAAACUGAAUUGCUUUGUCAAAUGUUGGGUAUACGUGAUCCAUUGAAUGUUGUCUUGAAUCGUACAGUAGGAGCUUCGAUGCCAUCAAUCGACGACUCAAACUUGAACACAAAUGAUCCAAAUCAAGAUGAUGAUAAAUGUUCGAUAUCAUCUGAAGAACAUGAUCAUCAUGAUGAUUUAAAUAUGGAAUCGACAAAUAUUCAUUUAACAACAAGUUAA